AAUUUUUCAAUAAUUCUGUUGAAAAAUCAUCGAGAAUCUGCCAUUGCUUACGCAGUAACUCUUGGGUGCUGGAUAUCUGGGUUCUACCGGGCCAUUGGGGCCUUUAUACAGUCCCUUCAGCCUCAACAUUGUCUGCAGCCGGAACAGCCAAGGCCCCCUUCCACAGACAUGUCCACCGUCAGAGGUGCUAGACCAUUGAUUGAAAAGGGAUGUCUACUCCUACGACCGAGAGACUUUCAUGCCACACCAUUUAUUAGAGCACGACCAGCUCCCAAGAGAUCCCCGAAAGUCAGAGCUACGAACCCACCUGCUGGAGGGUUACGGAUAAAGCGGACGUAUGAAUACGAAGAGUCUCUCCCGCCAAUUGCCCUCCUCAAUGCCGCUAGGAAAUCAGGGGCCCUUGCUGUAGAGCCGGAUCAAGCUCUUGAAUUCUUGCGUGAAUACCAAGCCCUGGCUGGGAAAUCCAAUGCGGGGUGGAAGCAAAGAUUAUGCGAUGAACACGAUAUAUUGCCCUCGACAAUGGCGCUUCUUGCUGGAAUCCUUAAGAGAUGUCAUAGUGGAGGCCAGAAAGCCCUUGCUAAGAGCGUCAUGCUCGCGGCGUCGAGGCUCGGAGAAAAAGCAGCGACGUUUGAUAUUAUAUCGGAAGCACUGCGUGUUGGCACUUUGUAUGAGUACCGUGCUCCUCUUGAACGACUUGGCACCCUAGCCAAGAAGGACAAUGAUCCUCAAGCCAUGACAUUGUUGGGCAAAGUCCUCAUGGCCGAAAGACGGGAGAAUGAAGCCCUGGAUUGGUUCAGAAGAGCGACCCGAGAACCAACUGGUGGAUUGGAUUUUGAUGGUGCUGGUGAAGCACUUGUGAGCGAAGGCCGAAUUUUGUCUCAACGGAACGAUAGGAACGGAGCGAAGGCUGCUUUCGAGAAAGCUGCACUUGAACUUGACGACCCCUCAGCAUACUUCUAUCUCGCGCAGCUACAAGAGCAUCGCUCGUCAAAUCAACAAGUCUACUUGCUUAAAGCGGCAUCUUCAGGAGUGGUGGAAGCGUGGCAUAAUCUUGGCGCUCUUGAACUUGAAAAAUUGAACACGCAAGAAAGAAAACCGACUUCAUUAGAUGAUUAUGGCAUGGCUAGGGAAUGGUUUCAAGUUGCUGCUGCCGAAGGAUUCGGCUUGAGCAUGAUCAAUAUGGCUAUCAUCUGCAAGGCUGUUGGGCAGAUGGAUGAAGCUUUGAAAUGGCUGGAGAAGGCGGGAGGUGCUGAGGGGGUUCGAAGUGAGGCGAUAGCCUUGAAAAGACAGUGGGAAGCCAGUGUCUCCUGAACCUGCAAAUGAGAUUACUAAUCCAUGCACCAUAAUUCCCUCAAUCCUGGAAAUGACUUCCGUCUUGCUUUCUGCAGCACUAGUCGUUCUAAUGAGCUUGUUCUGAAUUCCAGCUAUUGUUUCAGCCAGUGUGUCAAAUGAUUAGGUUUGAUUUGAUUAGAC